UUCAACAUCUUGAGGCUAUGGACCAUACGUUGAAAGAUGGCUUAGGCUACAAAGUUGUAUGCCUUUUUUGGCUAGUUCAAUUAAUUGAUAAUCCGCAACUAUCGAUAGUGGCUUGCUAGCCAUAUAGCCAGACAAGGUCAACAGCAUGUACGAAACUCGAGCUAACUGGCCAGCAUGCGACCACAUUGACUUUUAGACCAAGUUAGAUAACGUAAUGUUGAGCUAGGUAGCUAACCUUGACGAAUAUUUUUAUUUAUCUAGAUAUCACUGACGCUAACAAACGUCUCUACAACGUUAUGCUUUAGGUUAGCUAGCCUGCUUGGAAUCAGAUCCCCUUUCAAAAAACAGAUUUGGCGUUCACAUAACGUCAAUUAUCGUUAUCUGAGAGCUCCAGUCAGCGCUUGCUUGCAUACAGUUUUUAUUUAUUUUUUGUAUGGCAUUGCACAGCCACUGGCACUGCAUUAAUGAGCAACUUCGGAGAUCAGGACUAACCGCUCCUUUGCAUUGUUAUUUAUUAUGCAUCAUUAUUACCUUAGGUUUUUCCGUUUCGUAGACUUAUACAGAGAGAUUUAAAGGGUGACUAAGUAGGAUAAUUAUAGUCUAUUAUAAGAGUUGCAAAAACGCGGCAUAAAUCCGGAAUGGCUUUUUCGUAGCCACAGGAUUAGAAUGAACAGGUGCUAAUUAAUCUGUCGACCAUGGGACUAAUUACCUUUUCUCCAAUGGGCCAUUCACAGAUGUCUUCUUGCUUUCUUGAGGUUGUUUUUUUUGUGUGGUGACCAUGCUGUGAGGGCAGAGAUGGCCAGUCGUGUCCCCCUGGUCCUGCUGGCCUGCGGCUCUUUCAACCCCAUCACCCUCCAGCACAUGAGGCUGUUUGAGCUGGCCCGGGACCACAUGCACCAGACAGGUCAGUUCCAGGUGGUGGGCGGGAUCCUGUCCCCCGUGAGCGACGUGUACGGCAAGCAGGGCCUGGCCCCGGCGCGGCACCGCGUCGCCAUGGCGAGGCUGGCGCUCGGCAACUCAGACUGGGUGCGCGUGGACGACUGGGAGAGCAAGCAGGCGGACUGGACCGAGACCGUCGUCACCAUGAGGCACCAUUACAACCAGAUUCUGGAGCAGCACCAGAACACAGCCGGUGCUCCCCAGCUGAAGCUGCUCUGCGGGGCCGACUUCCUGGACACGUUCAAGGUGCCGGGCCUGUGGCGGGACGACCACGUGGCGGAGGUGGCGGGGCGCUUCGGGGUGGUGUGCGUGAGCCGCGGGAGCCUGCAGCCGGACCGGGCGGUGCACGAGUGCGACACGCUGUCGCGGCACAGGAACAACGUCUUCCUGGUGCGCGAGUGGGUCAGCAACGAGAUCAGCGCCACCGAGGUCCGCCGCGCCCUCAGGAGGGGCCUGAGCGUCAAGUACCUGCUGCCGGACGCCGUCAUCGACUACAUCCUCCGCCACGGCCUCUACACCUGGGAGAGCGAGCAGAGGAACAAGGGCGCCGUGCUGCGGCCGCUCGCCCAGCAGGGGGCGCCGCCCGAGACGCUGUCUGACUGACUGACCCGGUGGCAUCAUGACUGCAGGGCGUCGCUGCCUGAGCAUCCAAACUGGGUUUGUUCUUCCUCUGUGAACUUCAGUAUUGAUUCAUCUGCCCCACCCUGGCUGUACGUAAGGGGGAGGGUCAUCAGCAAAGCGGGCGGCUGAGUUCUGUUUUGCUCCCCAAAACGGUAGUGUUCAGCCGUCAUGGGUUUCGCCUUUAGUCUCGUACUUUUACAGCAGUGUGUUGGAGUAAAGUGCGUGACUGCUCUUCCACUGUGAAUCAGAGCAAAACCCUUUUGGGCUGCCGGGAUAUCCCUGUCAUGACCAGAGACUGAAUAAAAAUAGGUCAUGACACGGCAGCAUUGUGAAGUGUCCCGAACUCUCUCUUGUGAGCGCUCUCACGCGACAAAUAAACUGCAAUAAAGACAGAGAAGUGGCUGCCUCUGCUCCGCUGGGCGGCCGUUUGCACAGAGCGGAGGAGGAGCAGGCCUGGAGAGAUUAAUAAAGCAGGGACUGGCAUGGGUCCAGUGUAAGCACGGUGCCCAGGUUCCAGCUGCACCUUCUCCAUGCAGGUGCGAUUUUAUGGGAGUCUGCCCAAUCGGCUGUGACUUCCUGCCAGCAGGUGACAUAUUGCAUCGCAGCGUUACGUUUCUGCCAAGCGCAAGCACUUCGCAGCACUAACUGCCAUUUUCAGCCUCAAGGUGGACAGAAACCGACAAUACGGUAUUCAAAAAAAGAUACUCAUUUGCAGUCAGAUUUACAAAGUGGCAAAAUGUAUAUUAAAUAUUUUUAUCCCCAUUUAGAUGAAAAUUGUGUGGUGUGAGUGAGGGUUACGGUCCCAGUGGAAUUUUAUAGAAAUGACCAUAGUUCGGCCAACCGGCACCCAAGCACAGGAAUGUGUGUGCAAAAAUAAAAACAAAGGGACAGACUUUGCAUACAGAUCACACAGAUUGCUUGCAGUUAUCGGGAACAUAGGUAUGCACAAUAGUGAUGAACUGUUGUGCUGUGACCUCAUGAUGGCGGUGGCCCGUCAAUGUGUUCCAGUUGGUGGACUGCACAGCUGGAGCGUUUAAAUGUGCCACCCGUUGCUCUGGUCCCUGCGCCCCCUGUCUGAAACUUCCCUGUAAUAAAGUCUGUUUCCCCGGCGACUGCAAAUUA